CAGAGUUGCAGAGUUUGUGUGAAGAGCGAGUCGCCAAAUAAACUCCUCCCAUAUUAAGACGCGGAGUUCAACGUCUUGAACUGUUCGAGGGAACAUGUCAACAGGACACGAAACCAACAGUCUUCGAGCUGGUGAGUACGGCUUAGAAGGGAUAGUGAACAAGAGGAAAAUACUACACUGAGAGAAGAAAAAUGGAUGCAUGAUUCCAUUUUGCACAAAUUUAGCAAGUUAUUCACUUUUGUUCUCUGUCUGCCAAAUGUCUUCCAUAGACUGUAUACAAUUUUAGCCUUCAGUUUUAAUUUUCUUUUCAACUGUGAAUUUAAAAUCUAAGACUCAGGAUGUACCAAGUAGUCCCAGGAGGAGCAGGAGGAACAAUUACAGAUGGUGUGCCCAUCAAGAAGAUAGACAAGGACAGUCGCCCUCUGGUGGGGGCUGGAGUUAUUGGUGCGAUUCUGGUUAUUGCAGCAGUGACUGCAUGGUGCUACUAUAUUGCCUCCCUUCGUAAAGCUGACCUGCUGAAGACAGAAUUGCUUGAUCUGAAUAAGGAUGGCUUUCUCAUCCGUAACCAGGCCGGGGGGAUUGUCCUGAAGAUGGGUUUCAGAUCUGGCACACUUGAUCUCGACUCCUGCUCAAAGGAGGGAGUGAUCCUUCGUUGCUCGCGUUCGUUUGCUGGCAAGGUGAACUUCUUCAUUAUGACCGUGAAACCAAAAGAGACGGUGGUGUGUUACCGUGUGCGUUGGGAGGAGUUGGAGUCAGACCGGCCUGUGCAACAUGCCAUGUCCUACAAUGAAUCGCACUGGUAUGGUGGUGCUGAGACUGCUGUUCAGCAUUGGCCUAUUUCCAUCUCAGGCCAGCAGGCACCCAAACCUUUUGUCACUAGCGACGUGUACUCCAAUCGCCAUGACUUCGGUGGCAUCCUGGAGCGCUACUGGCUUUCGUCCAAUGCAACUGCCAUUAAGAUCAAUGACUCUGUGCCUUUCCACCUGGGCUGGAAUGAUACAGAGAAAACCAUGUACUUUCAGGCACGAUAUCAGAACAGUCCAUACAAACCAGCACCUGGAAGACCUCCCUAUGCUGAGCUUAGUUACAGAGUCUGUGUUGGCCCAGAUGUGACCUCUAUCCACAAGGUCAUGGUUCGUCGAUACUUCCCCAAACCCAACAAAGUGCCUGCCAAAGAAAUGUUCCGGCACCCAAUUUGGUCCACCUGGGCUUUACAUAAGACUGACAUCAACCAGGAAAAGCUUUUAACUUAUGCAGAGAAUAUACGCAAACAUGGUUUUAACUGUAGCCACUUAGAACUUGAUGAUCGUUAUACUAGUAAAUACGGGGAGUUUGAAUUUGACACCCACAAGUUCCCAAAUGCUUCUGCCAUGUUUCAAAAGCUCAAGGCAGAUGGCUUCCUGGUAUCCCUGUGGACGCAUCCCUUUGUGAAUUAUGAUUCUGCUAAUUUUGGGCCAUGUGUACAGAAAGGCAUGUUCGUGAUGGAGCCAACAGGCCAACUUCCUGCAUUGGUUAAGUGGUGGAAUGGCAUCGGUGGAAUCCUCGAUUUUACCAAUCCAGAAGCUCGCAACUGGUUCACGUCCCAUCUUCGCUCUUUACGCCAAAAAUAUGGCAUUUCUUCCUUCAAGUUGGAUGCAGGCGAGACCAGCUACUUGCCCUGGCAGUUCAGAACUCGAGUCCACCUUCCGGACCCAAGCACCUUCACUCGCCGCUACACCGAAAUGGCCAUUCCUUUCAACGAACGUGCUGAACUUCGGUCCGGCUACAGCUCUCAGAAUAUCUCCUGUUUUUUCCGUCUAAUUGACCGGGACUCUGUGUGGGGCUAUGAACUUGGCCUCAAGUCCCUGAUCCCAACCGUCCUCACAAUUAGCAUCCUGGGCUACCAGUUUAUCUUGCCAGACAUGAUUGGAGGCAAUGCAUAUCACAAUCGUACCGAUGGAAAUGGCAAGCUUCCAGACCGUGAGCUCUAUAUUCGGUGGCUGGAGCUGUCUGCUUUCAUGCCCUCCAUGCAGUUCUCCAUUCCUCCAUGGGAGUAUGAUGAUGAAGUGGUGGCUAUCGCUCAACGGUUCACUGAACUACAUGAGACACUGGUGGCUCCCAGGGUCAUAGAACUGGCUGGAGAAGUUCUGGACACUGGGGACCCCAUUAUUCGCCCAUUAUGGUGGAUCGCCACCAGUGAUGAAACGGCUUAUAGAGUUGACUCACAGUUUUUGAUAGGAGAUGACUUGAUGGUGGCACCAGUACUGGAGCCGGGCAAACAAGAAAGGGAUAUCUAUUUACCUGCUGGACGCUGGAAAAGUUACAAAGGAGAACGAUUUGACAACAAAGAGCCAAUACAUCUAACAGAUUAUCCAGUUGAUCUUGAUGAAAUUGCUUACUUUGAAUGGGUUCAGUAAGACUUAUGGCAAGCAUCUGGAGUUUUGAGUUUUUUUUUCUUCAGGGAAAUUAUCUAAAGUUAUUCAUCCAGGGUUUACAUUUUACAAUAUAAAACAGGACUGUUUAAAGGGAUAGUUCACUCAAAAUGAAUAUUUGAGGUUUAUCUGCUUACCCCCAGGGCAUCCAAGAUGUAGGUGACUUUGUUUCUUCAGUAGAACACAAACAAAUAUUUUUUACUCAAACCGUUGCAUUCUGUCAGUCAUUUAAUGGAACUGAAUAAGAAUCACAUCUU